AUGUUAGACGGUGGAUCUGGAGUUGACAUUUGCCCUCUAUCAACAUUACAAAGGAUGGAAAUUGGGACUGAAAGGAUUAGACCCAACAAUGUUUGCGUACGUGCUUUCGAUGGUGUCAAGCGGGGCACGAUAGGGGAAAUUGACCUGGUCCUAACCAUUGGCCCUGUAGAUUUUGAAGUAACAUUCCAAAUUCUGGACAUGGACACUUCCUAUAACUUUCUCUUGGGUAGACCAUGGAUCCAUGCCGCGGGAGCCGUGCCCUCUACUCUCCACCAAAUGGUCAAGUCCGAACAUGAAAACCAAGAAAUAGUGGUCCACGGAGAAGAUGAACAAUCAAUCUACAAGGACCCGUUUCGACACUGCUAUAAUAUGCUGUUUGGGUUAUUAUCUGUGUUAAUGCAUAACGAGAAAAAGGUCAGUGUUACAACAGAUAUGGCGGAUGUUCAUGGAUCUGGCCAUUAA